GCCGCGUCAACAACACUCCUGGUGUCACUAAACCCGCAGUGUCCACAUCCGAAUCACUUUUUCGGCCUGGCAAUCAAUCAAUUGACCCGCAUCACUCGAACGGUGUGAGACAACGGCGCCAUGUCCAACAAGUCGGGCUUGUACCUGAACUUCCUCCAGUCGCCCAGCACGGGUGUACUAGCGAGCGAUGCAUCGAUCAACUACAUCACCACGACUACGACGAUCAGCGAGCCUACCGCCGUCCUCAAGCAUCUAGGAGCUCAAGGCAAGCAAAUCGAACAGAAGGAACAGAAAGUCAUCUAUACGAUUGAAGGCGACAAUGGCUGCUGUCUGGAGACCAUCACAACCCUCCAGUUCCGCAUGGGUGGUGGCGCGUACCUGCCAGGCAUGGACUCGAACAUGUUAGACGAGCGUGAAGUGACCUUCCCAAUGACGCAUGUGGUUACCUACAAGGGCGACAAGAUCCAACAGAUCCGUCUCUACUGGGACCAAGGCACGCUCUUGAAGCAAGUGGAGGCUAUCGGCAAGACUGGACGCAACUGGCCAAUCCGCGACGGUAAGGCUCAGAUUGAUUCCAUCAAUGCCAGCGUCAAGUCCGGCAUUCAGGGUGGAGGAAGCGCUGGGAAGGAGCCAUUAGGCGUGCGCAAUCCCAAUGAGGUUGUCAUCAGAGAUCACCACAAACGAGACAGCGUCUCUGUCACUCGCGAUCCUCACGCCAGUCUGACCUUGUUCGCUGAGCGCGACGUCAACGAAGAUGGACGCACCUACAACGGACCCAAGUAUGAGCCAGUCAAGUCGGCCAAGCCAAUCCCACGCGACCUUGGCGAGCUCUUCACGAGCGAAGACACCGCUCCAGACCCAUCGCGCAGUCAAUCACCGCACAAGAUGGAUGGCACUGUCUUGAAGGCAGGAGCAGGCCGAAACCACCAGAACAACCGACUCUUCGAUGACCAGGACGACCAAGAGCCUCCACGUUCGCCUGAGCGUAAGAAGACGUACAGUCAGAAGUAUGAGCACUUCGCAUUCGGCAACGGCGAAGACGCUCCAAAAGAAAACCGUCCCUUGGGCAAGAACAAGUCAAGCCAGCACGAUGCUACAUUCAGCUUUGAGGAUUUCCACACCCCGCCGAAGCACAUCGAGAAGAACCGCCCGGAUUAUGAACGUCACUGGGGCGCUGGUGACGAUCCAGAGUCUCCUCCCAAGCGUCCUGUAGUCCACCAUCCAAGGAAGGACGCAAAGCCUCACUGGGAGACUGCACACGAUUCGUCCCCAGCUCCUUCCAAGGAGAAGUCUCUCCAGCGCCAGAAGGGACUUGGCCUGUACGGCGACCCUCUGCACAAGGACGAGCGCGUCAGACAGCCACCGAAGCCCAAUGUCAACAAUGCUCGCCGCGGAGAUGAUUUUGGACCUCACUACGAGAUUUCGGACAAGUCUCCGGCCGGUGCAAAACCGGCUCAGAGCAAACGCGAGACUCGAUCCGAUAUGGCAAGCAACUGGAGCUUCGAAAGCCCAGUUCAGGAAGAGAAGAAGAUCUACAAGACAGCAGGUGAUGGUAUGGGUUCGCGCGCUGGACGCCGAGCUUGGGGAAUUGGUGAUGAUUCGGAUCCAGAAGUCGAUGCUGAUGUGAGACCCAGUGCUAGAAGUCGUCGCGCCCAACAAGAAACGGGAGCGGGAGCCGAGCUGGACUUCUGAAGAAUCACUGAGCAAGGUACUGGAUGAGCCGCCGCCCAGAGCAGCUUCUCCAACAAAGCGCGCCUGCCCGAAUGCUUAUUCCAAAGAUGAUGCGCGCAGUUCUCAGAUCUAGGAUGAGGAGAACCGACGACCUUCUGCUGGCGAUGCUGAAACUGGUGCCAACGUCAUCAGCAUGACCGCAAGGUCAUACCCGCUGCCAGAGCACGAGUUGGUCAAUGACUCCUUACGAUGUUGCACAAGCGUUUAGGAUGGAGCGAUUCCGCUAGGAAAGAUUGAUACCCUCAGGCGUGCUUGGCGGAAUCGCAACUUGCGAUGUGAGAGUUGGCGGUUUGUCAAACAAGGUUUAGCAAUACAUGCCAAUACAAUGCUGUUUAAUCUUU